GAACGAACAAAAAACCAAAAUGUCUAUAAAUAAAAAGCAACACCAACAAUUGGCCAACGCCCCACCAACGUCUCCCGAUCGCCAACAAAAGCGAUUCCAACACCAUUCCAUAGCGACUUUUGCCUUGGUCGUUGUUGUUUGCUGGAGCUCUUUGGGCCUGAUUUGGGGCACUGAGGCACACGUGGCUCUCACAUAUCCACCUGCACGUAAAUACGAUUUGGAUUUCUUGGAUAAUUCCCGUACCAAGCCGCCAUGUGGCAUGCCCAAAGGUUCUAUACGUACUUCUUUGCUGUCUGGAACUUUGUUUAAUGUCACCUGGCAUUUGGCCUAUCCGCACAAGGGCGGUUUUCGUUUACAAUUAUUGGAUGCACUUGAUCGGCCUGUUCUUGAUUUGACGCCUCAUGUCAACAACUCGGAAUUUGUCAGCACUGAUGUCACGGCCCAGUCGUAUCAGGUUAAUCUGCCAAAGGAUUUCGAAUGCUUCAAUUGCACUUUGCGUCUAUUACGCCAGGCCGAUGAGUGGUCCAAUAGUUAUCGCUUUUGGUCUUGUGCCGAUGUUGAUAUCAAGCAACGCAAGGACUUCAAGGAGACCUGCUCGGGCAAUGGCAAAUACUUCCCCUCCCGUUGCAAGUGCGACAAGAAUUACUAUGGACCACAAUGCCAAUACAAAGAUGAGUGCACCAGUAAUGCGGAUUGCGGUGUCCAGGGAAAAUGUAUUGAUCUAGCUGGUACUUCAUUGCCACGCCGUCAAUGCUAUUGUAAUUAUGGCUGGUAUGGUUUGGGCUGCCAGAAGCGUUCACCCUACAAGAGCACGAGUCUCGACUUGACCUCAUAUGCCAAGAAGGAACUUUCCCCGGAUUAUCAUAUGUACUGGCGAUUGUUGGAGGAGGAGAAGGAGAUUGAGGUGGUGUUGAAGGUAAAUGGUAGUUCCUGGGUUGGUCUAGGUUGGCGUCCACGAGGAUUGACACCUGAAUGCAAGAAUUUCCCACUUGUUCGUGAUAUUGGAGAUUUGAUAACAACACUCGAAGCAGGAUCAGCUCCGGAGCCAAGCUCAGAACCGGAAUCGAAGAGUGAGCCUAGCUCAGAGCCAAAAUCAGAGCCGGAAACGAAGAGUGAGCCUAGCUCAGAGCCAAAAUCAGAGCCGGAAACAAAGAGUGAACCCAGCUCAGAGCCAAAAUCAGAGCCAGAAACGAAGAGUGAGCCUAGCUCAGAACCAAAAUCAGAGCCAAGCGCGGAACCAAAAUCAGAACCCACCUCAGAACCAAGCUCUGAGCCAAGUUCAGAGCCCAAAACUAAGAGUGAACCCACUUCAGAACCAAGCUCUGAACCAAAAUCAGAGCCCGAAUCAAAGAGUGAGCCUACUUCAGAGCCAAGUUCAGAACCAAGCUCAGAGCCGAAAACCAAGAGUGAACCCAGUGCAGAGCCAACCUCAGAACCAAGCUCUGAGCCAAGUUCAGAGCCAAAGAGUGAGCCCACUUCGGAGCCAAGCUCAGACCCAAAAACUAAGAGUGAACCCACUGCAGAGCCAACAUCAGAGCCAACCUCAGAACCAUCUGCAGAACCAACCUCCGAACCAAGCUCAGAGCCAAGCGCCAAGACCAAACGGGUGGCCAAUCAUGAUGAUCAUCUCAUCGAUGGUGUUCAAUCCGUGGCCACCAGUGUCUCAUAUCGCGUUAGCAGCAAAUCUGGAAGAAGUCGUCGUCAAGCUCCAGAACCAAAAAGUGAACCAGAGGCUGCUGCUCCUGAACCGGAACCGGAAAGCUCUGUUAAAACAUCACCAGAACCAAAAAGUGAGCCUGAAAGUGCUGCCCCAGAACCGGAACCGGAAGCUUCUGCUACAACAUCGCCAGAACCAAAAAGCGAACCAGAAGCUACUGCCCCAGAGCCGGAACCGGAAACCUCUGUACAAAAAUCCGCCAAUCUUUCAUCACCAGAACCAAAAAGUGAACCAGAAGCUACGGCACCAGAACCCGAACCCGAAUCCUCUGUUAAAACAUCGCCAGAACCAAAAAGUGAACCAGAAAGUAGUGCUCCAGAACCGGAGCCGGAAGCUUCUGUUAAGAAUUCACCAGAACCGAAAAGCGAACCUAAAUCUAGUGCCCCAGAACCAGAGCCGGAAUCCUCUGUUAAGAAAUCCGCCAAUCUUGAAGCACCAGAACGUAAACUCAAGCUCAAUCCGUAUACCCCACGUCACGACUUUAAUCCCAUGGAUUGUACGGAUAUUGUCAUUGGUUCGGCACGAGGCAUGGCCAGUCGUGUGGGCGAUUACUAUACACGAGAUCGUUCCACGCCGAGAAAAGAUGAAUUCUAUGGUGGCAAAUCCGAUUUGGCUUUGGGCACUGGUUUCGAAGAGAACGGCAUGACCACCAUUAUUUUCCGUAAGAAACUUGUAGCCAACGAACCCACCGAUCAUACUCUGGACGAUGCUUUGACCCAUGUUAUCUGGGCUAAGGGUCAGGAGCCUGGCAGUUAUGUACAUGUUCCACCCUCUGGUCUGGAGACACAGUCAUCAUCCGUAAAGGAGUUCUAUCAGCCGGAUGAACUGAAGUAUCAUGGACACAAAAUGCAACGUGGUGUUACGCAAAUCAAUUUCUUUGAGAAAGAUAAACCAAGUUCCAGCGCAGAUCGCAAUGACUUGAGCACAAAUGUCCUGGACAAUGAUUGCUAUGGUCACUGGAAGUAUCCAUCAAAUUGUUCACCCCAGGAGCACAAUUGCGAAUACUAUGCAUCGUGGGAAACAGCGGGACGUGGUGACGAGAUGCGCUGGCAUAUCGAAACCACCAAUACCCAAACCUGGACUGGCAUUGGGUUCAGUGAGGAUCAGCGUAUGUCGCAGACAGAUGCCAUUAUUGGUUGGGUAGAUGGACGUAGUGGUAGACCCUUCCUUAUGGACACAUGGGUACUUGGCUAUGCGCCACCCAAAUUGGAUGAUCGUCAGGAUAUCUACAAUGCUUCAGGACGAAUUGACAAGGGUGUCACGAUUUUGGAAUUCAACCGCAAGAGAGUUAGCAAUGAUGAACAGGACUUAUCCUUUACGGAUGAUCAUUGUCUUUAUCUGUUCUUCCCCGUAUUGGGAGGUGCCUUCAAUGUGGUCAACAAGAAGAUACGUAAACACGAGCAAGUGCCUCCAAUUUCCCCGCAACGCGUUUGCAUUAAAUCCUGUGGCAAAGAAAUGGAAUCUGUCUUUGUGGGCACUAGUACACCAGCUCCCAGUCGCUUAGUCUAUGCUGUGGGCUUAAAGCUCAUGAAUCUGGCUGAAUCUUUUGAAGCGCCCGAACCGGGUACAGUGGAGUUUAAUAAUCUGGCAGCCACCAUUUCCGAUUCUUUCAAUGGCAUACUUAAUCCCAUUCCUGGUUACUACAAGACUGACAUUUUGGGCUUUGAAAAACAAGGCACCACUGUGGUGGCGAAAGUACAGGCUAUGUUCGACAAGACGGAUGUAGAGAAAAUGCAUGCCCUGGACACGAAUAAUAUCGACAAGACCAGCCAAAAUGCUGUUGAGAAAAAUGCUCAAGUCAUCAAGGCGGCCUUGAUGGAUCAAAUAGCCACUGGAAAAGUGGGUUCAUUGACUGUGGAUCCGCAAUACCUUGACUUUGAGGCUCUGCAAUACAAAAGCGCCGAAGAACCAAGUACCAAGGAUACGAUAUUGUCUUUCUUCGAUCUGUCAGAGACACGUUUGUAUAUUGUCCUUGGUGUGAUAGGAGUUUUGGUCCUUUUAGCUCUAAUUCAGGCCAUUUUCACCAUUUGCAAGACAUCGCGAAAGAGUAAGAGUAACAAGGAGAAACUGAUAACAAAUUCACCCUGGAAAGAGUUUGCCUCGAAUACCAAUUACGCCUUCGAUCCCUACGGCGAGACGGAGGAGAAACAUAUGACGACAACCACCACGACCACGAGCACAUCUGGCAAAGAUAAGUCGCGGAAUCGUUCAACAACCAGCAGCCAGCAGACAACAUUGCCCAUGUCCCAUUCACCCACCAGCAAAUCCCAAAUGUACUAUGAGAGCACCAAUAAUGGCCAUCACCAUGGCAAGAACAGUGGCACCAAUAGUCGAUCCAAUGGACGCCACAGCACACAGGAGAGCAGUGUGGGUGGCACAUCGAGUGGGGGUGGCCCCUAUUCACGUAGUUCAUACGCCGAGCGGGCCUACUCCCUGCCAAGGCAACCUCAUCAGCACUACCAGCAGAGCUCCUCCAAUAUGCAACCAUCGGGCGGAGGUUAUUAUACCCAUGAUCGUCGGGCUGCACGCCAGAGCAGGGACCGAGAUGAUGGUAUUGAACGCCGUCAUCGAGAUCGCUCUCGAGAAGAUCCACGUCAGAAUGGUGGAGCUGAUACACCCGAUUUCUAUUUCAUGCCCUCACAGCGUAAAUACUCCGGUGAGGUGGUGCGUGUUUAUGUGGAUUAUAAUAAGGAUCCCAAGCAUUAAGUUUUUGGGUUGUUGUGUGGGAUAGCUGACAAUAAAAAUGCGAGCACAAAAAUCUUAUUUUAAGAGACCUUACCCCCCGCCCCCACCCCAUCCAUUUUUGGUCUAAUCUUAUGCUAUAUAUACAUACAUACAUAUAUUCUAUUCACAUUUUCCGUUGUGCUGUUUCUUAUGAUUUUGCCAUAAAGCGUGCUCCCAGACAACGCAACGUACACACAAUUCCACAAUUUAGUAAAUUGUAAAUAUUUUUCUUAGAUAUUAAUUGUCUAAAGAACCAAGAACAAAAAUUUAUAAUACAAAAACAAAAACGAUUUCGCAAUGUUUUCCCUUAAAUGUGCAAAGAAAAAAAUAGUCACUGUAUUUAAUCAAAU